GGGCUCGGAAGAUGGCUGCUGGGCCGAGCACUGGGCAGUGGGUGCGGCGGUGGCGGCGGGUGGGGAGCGCGGCGGACGGGGGCUCCGCCUCUCGCGUGGGGCGCUGAGCAGAGGCGCGGAGGCGGCGAGGGCGCGCUGGGGGAUUGGGGGGCCGCUCGGCGCCGCCUCCCCGCCACAUCAUGGGCAGCGCGGAGGACGCAGUCAAAGAGAAACUGCUGUGGAACGUGAAAAAGGAGGUGAAGCAAAUCAUGGAAGAGGCUGUCACCAGGAAGUUUGUGCAUGAAGAUAGCAGCCACAUCAUUGCUCUGUGUGGUGCGGUGGAGGCUUGCCUCUUGCAUCAGUUGAGACGCCGUGCUGCUGGCUUCUUGCGCAGUGACAAGAUGGCAGCCCUGUUCACCAAGGUGGGGAAGACGUGUCCGGUGGCUGGGGAGAUUUGCCACAAAGUACAGGAGCUGCAGCAACAAGUAGAGGGCAGGAAACCCUCAGGGGGCAGCCAGGAGGCCCUGCGGAGACAGGGCUCGACCAGCGGGAAGACCCCUGCCCUCAGCCCACAGGCCUUGAAACACAUAUGGGUACGCACAGCACUUAUCGAGAAAGUUCUGGACAGAAUUGUGCAGUACCUGUCGGAAAACUGCAGCAAGUACUACGAGAAGGAGGCGUUGCUGGCAGACCGUGUGUUUGGCCCGAUCCUGGCCUCUCUUCUCGUGGGACCCUGUGCCUUGGAAUACACUAAGCUCAAGACAGCUGAUCACUACUGGACUGACCCGUCUGCUGAUGAGCUGGUCCAGAGGCACCGUAUCCGGGGUCCUCCUAGUCGGCAGGACUCCCCUGCAAAGCGCCCAGCCCUAGGGAUCCGGAAGCGGCACUCAAGUGGCAGUGCAUCAGAGGACAGGCUAGCUGCCUGCGCCCGUGAAUAUGUGGAGUCUCUGCACCAGAACUCAAGAACACGACUGCUCUACGGCAAGAACAAUGUGCUGGUACAGCCGAAGGAGGACAUGGAGGCUGUCCCUGGCUACCUCUCCCUGCACCAGUCUGCAGAGAGCCUAACUCUGAAGUGGACCCCCAACCAGCUCAUGAAUGGGACUCUGGGGGACUCCGAGCUGGAAAAGAGCGUUUACUGGGACUAUGCCCUGGUGGUACCCUUCAGUCAGAUUGUCUGUAUCCACUGCCACCAGCAAAAAAACGGUGGCACACUCGUGCUGGUGAGCCAGGAUGGCAUCCAGAGGCCGCCGCUGCACUUCCCACAGGGAGGACACCUGCUGUCCUUUCUGUCCUGUCUGGAGAAUGGGCUGCUGCCUCGAGGACAGCUAGAGCCCCCGCUGUGGACCCAGCAGGGGAAGGGGAAGGUGUUCCCCAAGCUACGGAAACGAAGCAGCCUGCGGUCUGUGGACGUGGAAGAGAUGGGCAUGGGGCCAGCCACAGACUAUGUGUUCCGGAUCAUCUACCCUGGGCACAGGCACGAGCACAUCACUAUUAACUACCACCACCUAGCGGCCAGCCGCGCGGCCUCGGUGGACGAUGAUGAGGAAGAGGAGGAUAAACUACACGCGAUGCUCUCAAUGAUCUGCUCGCGGAACCUCACAGCUCCCAAUCCGAUGAAAGAUGCUGGUGACAUGAUCGAGAUGCAGGGCUUUGGGCCCAGCCUGCCAGCCUGGCACCUAGAGCCCCUGUGUGGCCAGGGCUCCUCCUGUCUCUCCUGCUCCUCCAGCAGCUCCCCAUACACAACCCCCAGCUACUGCAGCUGUGUCCCCGACCGGUUGCCCCUCAGGCUACUGUGUGAAAGCAUGAAGAGGCAGAUUGUGUCCCGGGCCUUCUAUGGCUGGCUGGCAUACUGCCGCCACCUGUCCACAGUGCGGACCCACCUGUCAGCGCUGGUGCAUCACAACAUCAUCCCGCCCGAUCGGCCCCCUGGGGCCUCAGGCGGCCUCACCAAGGAUGUGUGGAGCAAGUAUCAGAAAGACAAAAAGAACUACAAGGAGCUGGAGCUGCUGCGGCAAGUUUACUACGGAGGUGUGGAGCACGAGAUCCGCAAGGACGUCUGGCCCUUUCUGCUUGGCCACUACAAGUUCGGCAUGAGCAAGAAAGAGAUGGAGCAGGUGGAUGCAGUGGUGGCAGCAAGGUACCAGCAGGUGUUGGCAGACUGGAAGGCCUGCGAGGUGGUGGUGAGGCAACGCGAGCGGGAUGCUCAUCCAGCCACACUCACCAAGUUUUCCUCGGGCAGCAGCAUCGACAGCCACGUGCAGCGCCUCAUCCACCGAGAUUCCACCAUCAGCAACGAUGUAUUUAUCUCUGUGGAUGAUCUGGAACCACCUGGGCUCCAGGGCCCUGAAGAUUCCACAACAAAGCCCGAGCAGGAGCCAGGAGCCGGGACUCAGGGCACCGCUAUGGUGGAGCAGCAGCAGUCAGUGGAGUUCGACUCUCCAGACUCCGGACUGCCAUCCUCUCGCAAUUACUCCGUGGCCUCGGGCAUCCAGUCGAGCCUAGAUGAGGGGCAGAAUGUGGGCUUCGAAGAGGAGGACGGCGGUGGGGAGGAAGGGUCCCAUCAGUCAGUCCCUGCAGCCCACACUUUCUCCGAGCCCCAAGAUCCCAGCCAGGAGAAGGCUUCUCAGGCCAGAGAGCUGGAGGCAGGAGAGGAGCUUGCGGCUGUGUGUGCCGCUGCCUACACUAUAGAAUUACUGGACACCGUGGCCUUAAAUCUGCACCGCAUAGACAAGGAUGUGCAGAGAUGUGACCGGAACUACUGGUACUUCACACCCUGCAACCUCGAGAGGCUCAGAGACGUCAUGUGCAGCUACGUGUGGGAGCACUUGGACGUGGGCUACGUGCAGGGCAUGUGUGAUCUGCUGGCACCUCUCCUGGUCGUCCUCGACAAUGAUCAGCUGGCCUACAGCUGCUUCAGCCACCUCAUGAAGAGGAUGAGCCAGAACUUCCCCAAUGGGGGUGCCAUGGACACCCACUUUGCCAAUAUGCGCUCCCUCAUCCAGAUCCUGGACUCAGAGCUGUUUGAACUGAUGCAUCAGAAUGGAGACUACACUCACUUCUACUUCUGUUACCGCUGGUUCCUGCUGGAUUUUAAGAGAGAGCUGCUGUAUGAGGAUGUGUUUGCUGUGUGGGAGGUGAUCUGGGCGGCCAAGCACAUCUCAUCAGAGCACUUUGUCCUGUUCAUCGCCCUUGCCCUGGUGGAGGCCUACCGAGAGAUUAUCCGUGACAACAACAUGGACUUCACUGACAUCAUCAAAUUCUUCAAUGGGACUGGGGGACAGAGUAAGGGAGAGCAAGACACACUUAGCAGCAGCCUCAGGGCCCAUGGUACCUCAAAGCAUCUCUCCACAUCAGCCAACCCACAGGGGACAAGUCUGCAGCGACCAGGGGCCCAGUCUGACAAGGCUGUUGGAGACCACGCCUGCAUCCUGGUCCAGACCUCUGCCCAGUGGGACCCAGCAUCCUGGGAAACGUGGACUCUUAGGCAGGCACUGUCGAAGGCAAGCACAGAUCCAGGUCAGCCCCACCCAAGCACAGGGGACCCUUCCCCACGCCUCACAUCAACUCUCUCCCGAGAGGCCUUGCUGCCUCUUGCCCCCUUCCCUGCAGCUUCUCCACUUCCCCGGUCAGACCCAAGGCCACCACCAUUCAUACUCUCUGUUCAGUCACCAAUGCCACAAGCUACCUCCUUGGAACCCUUUCCCCAAAAAACCCCAAACAAUCCUACGCUUGCUUCUAGCUCACCAUUCACUUGUCUCCUUGGUAACUUCAACAUCCUUGGAGAAUGACUCACUAGACUUUGUGACCCCACCCCUCCCUGUUUCAUCUCCAUCUCCUCCCCAACACCUGCUGGCUCCGCACCUCCUCUCUGACCUCCUGGGCUAUCCCCCAGUGUGCCCGUAUGUGCUGCCUCUCGAUAAUGCUCUACUUAUACACUGUACCCCACCUCUCCUCCCAACCACCCUGCCCACAGCCCUUAGACUUCCUUCCCAGGCUGCUGAACAUUCCCCUUUUCCCACACCUAUACUUGAGCUAAUCAAUGAAACAUGGCUCUUGGGGUGCUCAAAAGCACCCACUAACUCCAACUGAGCAAUCCCGGAGAGGCUUCAGUCCUUCACUAAGGUUUUAGGUUGGCCCUCCUCCCGUGGCGAUGAUACCACACCCUUCACUGAGAACAUCAGGAGGGAGCUCCCUGAUUCAUGGCACCACUUCCAGGAUCAUUGGCAAUCUUCCAUCUCUUAGGAGUCGACCCCCGGCAUAGGAACAGGUACCAUGCCUUCCACACUGUGGCACUGCUCCCCUGUCUAAGGGGCUCCAGUUUCCCUUUGCACAAAGCCUACUAGCAGCUCUAAAAGGCCAGCAUGUGUCCCAUUUCUCAGUUCCCUUCUACACCAAAAGUCUUUUCCGUGCCCCCAUGAACUCCUGACCUGACCCAUUUUUCUGUUAGAAAGACAGUAGGAAAGACCUCCUCUCCCCCUUACACACACACACACCACAUUGGCUUCUCACCUGGCUCUACCCCUCAGAGGCCAAGGCUGGAUGUGACAUCAAAUGAGGCCACAUCAACAACGGGCCCAUGGUUGAGUCAGCCCUCACUUCACAGCUGGGUGCUGGAAGUGGCCAUCCUGAACUCUACCCACUUUUGGGGUGGCUAGACUUUGGGGCCAGGGAGUGUCAUGGGUCAAAACUUCCUCUUCUCACCUAAUCCAGUUCUCCACAGGCCUAGGACCCCUACAGUUUCUCCAGGUUCUAACUUUAGUCCACAACUGCUUCAUUUUAAACCCAUUUCCUUCCUGUGACUGGAUGUAUGGUUUGAUACCUGUCUACUCUUCUUCCUGUCCACUUCACUGUGGCUUUCUUCAAAUCCUGUAUCACCUCCAGGCUGCUCUAGAGUCUGGCCAGGGGCUACGACCUUCCCAUGGCUGCCUGCUCUCAGCAUACAACCAAAGCCCUCAGUCCACAUUGUCCCACUGGCCUCUCCAGGACCAAGUUUUGACUCUCCUCUUGUGCCUGCUGUCCCCUAUCUCUGCAUGGCAACCACCCUAACCAACUUUUUGUUUGUCUUUUAUGUUUUUAUUUUUCAGAUGGGGUCUCACUAUGUUGGCCAUGCUGGUCUCAAACUCCUGGGCCCAAGCAUUCUUCCCACCUUAACCUCCUAAGUGGCUAAGACUACA